AUGCGGUUUAAGUAUGUGGAUUUGUUACAGGAAGAAGAUGCGCUGGUGCUUUAUCUGGAGAUGAUGGUUAGCAUAGCGCUGGAGAAUAAGGAUCGACUGGCCCUGAUUUGGCCACCUAUAAAGCAGCACUUGCAAUGGCUGAUGAGUAGU